UGGCCCGAGUGCAGCCUCAGCAUGCCUCUGACCUCGAACCGGUCCCCUGUCCGCUGUCUGUCUGUAAUCCUACUGGAGCACCUGGAUGUGAGGGGCAAAGAUGGCAGAAUGGGAAGUUGUCCAAGAACGUCCUUCUUCCCUCUUCUCUGGAGGGGGCUCUCAGUUCUCUUGAAUGGUGUGUCCAGGGGCCGAAUGGAGCUGAUUGGCUGCCGUGCCCAGGUCCCUAACCGGGAUGGAGCUGGGAUCCAGGAUCGCCGGGGCCGGUCCGAGCCUGGAACCGGGAGGACCACGUCAAGCUCCAAUCCCUCUGAGUGGAUUUCCUUGAGCUCUCACUCAGCACUUCUGUUUCAUCGCUGCCUGGCAAUGCGGUCCUUUCCCCAGCCCGCCUUCCUCACUGCCCUGCUCAGUUACUUGGCCCUGCUCGCCGCCGGUCACCAGAAGGCGAUCCCCCGCAUCACGGCCUCCUGGGCAGGGGAGAAGAGGUUUGAGUUUAAUCAGACUGAGCCCCACCUGGUGCUGUUCCACGAGCCAGGAAGCCACUCCGUCUACGUGGGAGGCCGCGGAAAGCUCUACUACUUUGACUUCAACCAUCAGGAGAACAAUUUCAAGGAAGACAUCAAUUCCACCAAGGGGGACUGCCCCAAGGACCAGGACUGCGAUAACUACCUCACCCUCCUGGAGAAGCAAGACGAUGGCCUUUUGAUCUGUGGGACCAGGGCCCGGCAUCCCUCAUGCUGGCUUCGAACAAAUGGUACCACAAAGUUCCAGGGUGAAAAGCGGGGCUAUGCACCUUUCAGCCCUAAUGAGAACUCCUUGGUUCUGAUAGAUGGAGACCAUGUCUACUCCACCAUUAAGAAACAGGAACACAAUGGGAAGAUCCCUCGCUUCCGGAGGAUUAAAGGAGACCCGGAGCUGUACACUAGUGACACGGUGAUGCAAAACCCACAGUUCAUCAAGGCCACCAUCAUCCAUCAGAACCAAUCGUACAAUGAUAAAAUCUACUACUUCUUCCGAGAGGACAAUCCAGACAAGAACCCCGAGGCACCGUUGAAUGUCUCCAGGGUGGCCCAGUUAUGCAAGGGCGACCAAGGUGGUGAGAGCUCCCUCUCUGCUUCUAAAUGGAACACCUUCUUGAAGGCCAUGUUGGUGUGCAGCGACCCAGCCACCAACAAGAACUUCAACUGGCUGCAGGACGUCUUCAUUGUCCCCGGUAAUAAGGACUGGAAGGAGACCAGAGUCUACGGGAUCUUCUCCAACCCCUGGAACUACUCGGCCGUCUGUGUCUAUUCCAUUGGCGACAUUGACCACAUCUUCCGGACGUCCCCUCUCAAAGGCUUCAGUGACUCCCUUCCCUCACCCCGCCCAGGCCAGUGUCUUCCAAACCAGCAAUUGACCCCGACCGUGACUUUCAAAGUAGCAGACAGCCACCCGGAGGUGACUCAGAGGGUAGAACCUAUGGGCCUCACCAAGACUCCACUGUUUCAUUCCAAGUACCACUACCAGAAAAUCGUGGUGCACCAGAUGCAGGACAAGGAUAACGGCACCUUCAACGUCCUCUUUAUCGCUACAGACAAAGGAACGAUUCACAAGGUGGUGGAGUCAGAGCAAGGCAUCUUUAACAUCAUGGAAAUCAAACCCUUCCACAAGCCAGCUGCCAUACAGUCUCUAAUCCUUGACUCUAGCACGAGGAAGCUGUAUGUGAGCUCCGACAGGGAGGUCACCCAGGUGCCCUUGGACAUGUGCGCCAGUUACGUGGGUGGCUGCCAGGCCUGCCUGCUGGCCAGGGAUCCAUACUGCGGCUGGACCGGUAGCAAGUGUAACUCCAUCUACCAGCAUCCUGGGCCCAUGUUACAAGCGGUUGUCCAUGAAGAUCCUCAUUUGCUGUGCCCGACCACUUUCUCUGGGGAUGCCAAGCCCUUCAUCUCCAAGGUCACGGUGCCCCCAAAUUCCCGCUACUACCUGAACUGCUCGGUGGAGUCACAUCACGCCACCUACUCCUGGCACCACAAGGACCAGGAAGUGCAGCAGUGCGAGCCGGGUCACCAGCACGCGGCCUGCAUCCACUUCAUCACCAUCUUGACACCCGAGAAGUAUGGGCUGUACCGCUGCAAAGCUCGGGAGGGCAGCUACACGCGCACCAUCUGGGAGGAGGAGCUGGCCAGCAAGGAGAGCUCCACCUCUCAGCUGCAGGGGAACAAUGGGGGCUUCAUGCUAGGGGCCUUGUCCUGGUUAGGGCUCCUGCAGAUGGUGGCCCUGUGCCUUCUCUUCCAGUAAGCCCCCCGUCCGUCUCCAAUCUCAGGACACACCCCCACCCUCUCUCCUCACCCCCUGCCCCUCCACCCCAUCCCCCCAGAGUCAUAUCCUGUGCUCCUCGGCCGGGGGAGAUACCCCCAAGACCAUUCCCUAGACUCUCCCCCUUCCGCCGUCCCCCGGAAAUCGAGGCAGAAGCCACGGAAUCUCCUUUCUCCCCUCUUGGUUCCCCGAGGUAAACAUUUUGGAGCCAUCUGGGCCUCUGGAGGGCAGCGUGGCUGAUCCACCCCCUGGGAGAUGUGAGGGGCUUGGCAUGGGAUUGAAUGACAGAGGUGAGAGGUGGGAAAGUAGAGCCUGAGAGUGGAGAAGAGGGAGGUAGUUGGGGGGGAAAGGGAACACCGUGCUUUCCUUUACAAAUCUUUCGGAAACCUUGAUAUCUGCUCCCGGGAGAGAAGGACUCACCAAUCAACGGUGUUUAUUGAAUACUUACAAUGUGCGGAGCGCUGUGCUAAAUGCUGGGGUGAGCACAGGACACGGUAGAGUCAACAGUCAUAAUCCCUGCCCUCAAAGAUCUUACCAUGUGCCUGUUUCCUACUGGUGCAUGGGGGUGGGGUAAGCGAGGAAGCCAGAAGAAGGGGUAAAGGAGAGUUGGGAGAGAGGGACAGGAGGCUGCCCUCUGGGAGACAGUAAGAGUCAUUUCUGUUUCCAACUGGCUUCUGUUUGCGGAACACCAUGUGAUGCCACGUGUGGUGUGGGGAGAUGGACCCGUGACUGGAUGGAGGACAGGGAAGGGCCGGAUGCUGGGAUUGUCUGCCUAGCUGGACUGGAGAGACUUAGGGAUCCCCCGGAUCCCGUUCCCACUCCUCCUCUUCCCGUGCCUGCUCCCUCCCCCAGGAAUCCCUCUCCGGUCAGCCCUGGACUGCCCGGGGUUCCUGACGGACCAAUCGGUGUCGUCCACGCUUCUUUCCAGCCUCUGCUGGCCCUCUGGUCCCUGACCUCCGAUAGGGGGAGUUGCUGGGGGCAUGCGUGGGGCUGAAUGAUCGAGGCAGACCCGUUUGGGUCCCAGGACGCAUGAGCAUGCUGAGGUGGGUGGGUGGGGGGAGGAGGAGGUGGAGGAGGAAGAUGGGGAGGAGGGUGGGGAAAGGGGAGACAGAGUGCCCUGGCAUGGCCGGGUCCUGAAUGGAAAGUUUUCUUUCCAAAUGAAAACAGCCCUAGUGUUCAAUCUUCCACUUUGAACGCGGGGCAUCAGAUACAUAUGGCCGAAACCAAAACCGCAGCAGAGGACAUGGGAAUUCCUCAUAAUGGUCUGGGGACUCCUGGCAUCUGAGGCUCCAGGCCCUGCUCAGAGCCUGGGCUCAUGCCAACGUUGGGCCUACGUAAGCCCAGUGGACCUGGUGGGGCUCAAUGGGGCAGGGAGGGGCGGGAGGCGGGGGGUCCGGGAAGGGGGUGGGAUGGGCGGAGGGCUCCGGGAAGAAUGAAGGAGAAUAGUUUGUCCGCGUUUCAUUAUGUUGAUUUCCAAGGGAAGUGUCCUCCCUCCUGGCUUGGGGCCGAAAUUCCCCGAGGAGGGAAGGAGAGCCCGGCUUCAUCCGACCAGGGAGCGAUUCCAUCCUGCUUGGGUGAGAAUCCCUGUUUAAGUGAAAUUGGGGGUGGGAGAGUGACGGUUCCCCACCCCCCACCUUCCCUGUUCUCCAGCUCCAUACCAAGGGCUCUGCUUGCAUCCGUGAUCAUGCAGUCAUCCGCUCACUUGUUCAUCCGGCUCAGGAUUGCGUCGUAACUUAGGCUAAACUGUGAAUUUCCAAGGGGCUCUCCUGGAUCCGGGAAGGGCCCAGCUCCAUUUGGCUGGAACGCGGGGGUAGCUCCGUGGGGUCGUUGGGGUGACCUUCCUCGUGGCCCCAGGUGAUGGGGGAGGGUGAGAUUGAGCCCCACCCUGAGAUCCCUGGGGUGCCCCACCCCUACCCCUAGCUGAUUCCUCGUGUGCUCAAGAGAGUACCAGUCUCUAAAAUUGGCCUCGACAAGAGGGGCUGUGGGGGGGUGGGGGUGGGGGCAUGGUGGGGGGGCCGAUCCGUGUAUGGAAGGAUGUGGGUGCCUCUCCUUUGACACCCAGGCAAACAGCUGGGAGAUGGCAAGAGUCAUCAGAGGCAGGAAGGGGCUGCUGGUGAAAGCAUCCUCAUUCCCCCUCCCUCCUCCUCUUCUGAGUGCCCUCCCCCACAACCCACCCAUCCCCCCGGGUCCCCCAGGCUCAGAAGCGGGGCUUGGUCAAACCAUUUCAGUAGCCAGCCAGUUCAUUUCCCCACCUCCCACCGCAUUCCAUAGGGUCCAGUGAGCGCGGACCUGCUAUGUCUCUUCUCGAUGCACUUUAUUAAUGUAAUAUAUUACUAAUAAACAGCCUAUUUAUUUACUGCCA